UUGUCCACUCUCAAGAUGUCUAAUUUUGACGAGACAACCAAGAAGGUUCUUUCACCACAAGAUUUUGCCCACGCGGUCCUUAGGACAAAUAAUUGGAACGGAUGCGCGAUUCCUAUGUUUCAUUUCUGGGAGGUCGCAUAGCAUACGAAAACAGCAUGGCGGUCUUCAUCACGUACGAUGAGGAGCAUCACCGGAUUGCUCUACUCCAGUUUCCAGGUACUAAGCCAAAGGUCAAGACUACCUGUGGCCUUGAACAUCUUGCCUAUUCAUUCUCCUCCUUGACAGACCUCCUCUUGGCGUACCGCCAGCGACGCAAUGUUGGGACGGAGCCUUACUGGAGCUUCAAUCAUGGACCAACAACAAGUAUUUAUUAC